GACGGCAGAAUGGCUCCCAAGAUAACAUCGGAGCUGUUUUGGCAGCUGAGACAAGCCGUGAGGAACUCCGAGUAUGUGACAGAGCCGCUUCAGGCCUACAUCAUUCCGUCGGGAGAUGCUCACCAGAGCAAGUAUAUUGCUCUAUGUGACUGCCGGCGGGCCUUCGUCUCUGGAUUCCAUGGCUCUGUGGGUACAGCCAUCAUCACAGAAGAGCAUGCUGCCAUGUGGACCGAUGGGCGCUACUUUCUCCAGGCUGCCAAGCAGAUGGAUAGCAAAUGGAUGCUCAUGAAGAUGGGUCUGAAGAACAUGCCAGCUCAGGAAGACUGGCUGGUGAGUGUACUUCCAGAAGGAUCCAGAGUCGGUGUAGACCCAUUGUUCAUUCCUACAGAUUACUGGAAGAAGAUGGCCAAGGUCCUAAGAAGUGCUGACCACCACCUCAUUCCUGUCAAAGAGAACCUUGUGGACAAAAUCUGGACAGACCGUCCUGAGCGUCCAUGCAAGCCCCUUCUUACCCUGGGGCUGGAUUAUACAGGUGUCUCCUGGAAGGAAAAAGUUGCAGACCUUCAGUUGAAAAUGUCUGAGAGGAACGUGGUAUGGUUUGUGGUCACAGCCCUGGAUGAUAUCACAUGGCUGUUCAAUCUGCGAGGAUCAGAUGUGGAGCACAAUCCAGUAUUUUUCUCAUAUGCAGUCACUGGAUUGGAGACGAUCAUGCUCUUCUUUGACGGUGACUGCAUAGAUGCCCCCAGCGUGAAGGAGCACCUGCUUCUUGACUUGGGCCUGGAUGCUGAGUACAGAAUCCAGGUGGUUCCCUACAAGUCCCUCCUGAGCAAGCUCAAGGUCCUGUGUGCUGACCUCUCGCCGAGGGAGAAGGUGUGGAUCAGUGAAAAGGCCAGCUAUGCUGUGAGCAAGGCCAUCCCCAAGGAUCAUCACUGCUGUACGCCUCACACCCCCAUCUGCAAGAUCUCAGAUGUUGACAAAGCGGAGGAAUUUCGCAAGCAACAGGCUGACUUUGUGGACCUGAGCUUCCCAACCACUUCCAGUACGGGACCCAAUGGCGCCAUCAUUCAUUACACGCCAGUCCCUGAGACGAAUAGGACCUUGUCCUUGGAUGAGGUGUACCUCAUUGACUCAGGCGCUCAGUACAAGGAUGGAACCACAGACGUGACUCGGAUCAUGCACUUUGGGACCCCUACAGCCUACGAGAAGGAAUGCUUCACGUAUAUCCUCAAGGGUCACAUAGCUGUGAGUGCAGCCGUUUUCCCGACUGGAACCAAAGGCCACCUUCUCAACUCCUUUGCCCGCUCAGCCUUAUGGCAUUCGGGCCUGGAUUACCUGCAUGGCCCAGGAAAUGAGAUCGGGUCUUUUCUGAAUGUUCAUGAGGGUCCUUGUGGCAUCAGUUACAAAACCUUCUCUGAUGAGCCCUUGGAAGCAGGCAUGGUUGUCACUGAUGAACCAGGCUACUAUGAAGAUGGAGCUUUUGGAAUUCGCAUUGAGAAUGUUGUCCUGGUGGUACCUGUUAAGACCAAGUAUAACUUCAAUAACCGGGGAAGCCUGACCUUUGAACCUCUAACUUUGGUUCCAAUACUGACCAAAAUGAUAGAUGUGGAUUCUCUUACAGACAAAGAGUGUGACUGGCUCAACAACUACCACGUGACCUGCAGGGACGUGAUCCAGAAGGAGCUGCAGAAGCAGGGUCGCCAGGAGGCCCUCGAGUGGCUCCUCAGAGAGAUGCAGCCUGUCUCCAGACAGCACUGA